GCCCUGCUCGACGCCAUACCACAGGCACAGCUUCUGGGCAUCGACCGCGACCCCUUAGCUCUGGAGGCCGCUUCAGGGCGGCUGCGGCGCUUCGGAGGGCGUGUUUCGACUUCGGCUCGAAGAGUUACAAGAUCAUGGGGUCGGGCUAUCCUGCUGAAAAGAAUGCUAUGAUCGAGACUUGGGACGAUUUCCGAGGCAACGACAUGCAGGGAGCCGAGUGCCGGGCCCUCAACAACCGGCUUCCACAUGAGCAAAGGCAAUGGGAUGGCAGCCACUUCUAUUACAUCGUCAGCCUCAGCCAGCAGGCGCUUGCUCCGGGACUGAGCCUACGAGCAGCUAAAAGCUUUGGCCAGUGGGUAGAAGCAAUAGAAAGCUCUUUAGAAUUGUUCAAUGGCCACCUGCUGAUGGACACUGCUGCCCUUUUUAACCGGUGCCUUUGGCGCAUGUUUGGGUGGGGACUUCGGCUCCUGGCGUUACUGGCACUUCGUUCCACUGCAGUUUGCCUUUAUGAUGGCAUUCCAGAGGAGGAUCGUGCUCUGAUCAAGAAUGCAGAUGGGGUUGAGACCGAAAUCGUGCUUGUUCCGUACAACUGGGAUUCCUCCUAUUUUGUGAAGAAAAUCGCUGAGAUUCUGAUAUCAGAAGCUCUGGGAUACAGUACCAAAUUCUACAGCUGGUGGUCAACUGAGGUGCUGGACUCGGCUUUGCUAUUGUCUGUUUGCUCCACUGCUGACUGCAAUGAGACCAGGCCAGGAGCUGUGGGACACAUCGCCCUGGAGUCCUGGAUUGGGGCAUACGGAGUUCACUUUGAAGCUUUUCGGGAUCGUCACCCGAGCAUGGCUCCCGAAGACCUUGGAACCAUGGGCUAUUCUGGUGAAGAAGCGCUGUAUGCCUCGAGCACGAUCUUGCAAGAAGCCUGGGAUGAGUCGGGCUAUGCUUUGGAGUAUUACCGGACAUACAACACGUCGCAUUACGAUGCACAGAAGUAUUUCGACAGAUACACCGACUUGCCAGCUGACGAGAUAGUGCUGUGCAACGACACAGGCAGUAUGUUCACAGAUAUAGCCUACAUGAACCCAUAUGCACAGUGGACUGGCGACAUUGAAGGCUUGAUCGAGGUACCAGGAGGCUAUCAUGCGUACUGUCAGGGGGAUGGCAGGUUUUGGUUUUCACCAGCUUGCCGCCAGAAUACGACCGCCUGCAUUCCUAUUCUGUCUCCCUACUGGGGUUGGAUGGUGGAUGCCUACAUGGCAUGGGCAACUGCAUACGGCAUACCUGCAGCCAUCGGCAUAUCCUGGGACAACGAUAUACACUUGAAUCACUACUCGAACUUCCGCAUCCUGACAUAUGCGUUUCGGCCAAAUGGAGGAUUGGCGAGUAACCAGCCGAAUCCUAUCAGAUUUCCGCCCCAUAGUGAGAGCGAGUGGGCACAGGGGAACAAGCGAACGGAUUCGGUCGGCUCCUACAUCGGCAAACUGGUGAGUCGAAGUUUGAGGUCACAAGCUUUCAAGGUGCAUGAGAUGAUGAGACACAUGCGGCUGGAUAUGCAGGAGGUGCAACACACCCUUGAAGAAGCCCAGCGCACCCGGGCUGAGAAUGCGUACGGGUACCAGAACUACGGGUACGGAGCAACAGAUUUCUUGCUCAAUUCUUAUGCAUGCCAGUGGGCGCAGGCGAACCGGCACAGAUGGGCACAGUGGUGGGUUGAGGUGGAGAGCGCUGUCUCUCGGGACUACUGCCGCUGCUUGUCAGGUUCCAAUGCAAUAAUGCUUCUGCCCGGGUACUUCUCCAGCAACAGGGCCCGGGGCUCCGUGUUCAAAUGUUUCAGCAAUCCUUCCCAAUGCCCUGGCGGUCUACCGGGUGCAUGCAGUUCGGGGCGAGACAACAGCAGCGUCGCGUGCAGCGCCUGCCUACCUGGACUGCGACAGAACGGGCCAGGGUGUGGACCGUGUGGUCGGGAAGACUACUUCAUUUUGAUUUUCUUUUCACUGCUGAUUGGCGCUGGCACUGGACUUCUACAUCGAUUCUACUUGAGAGCAGCUUACUAUCGCAAUUUGAGGCAUGGUGACCGCUUGUUGAAUGCUAGUAUGUUCGGCACUCAGCUUGUUGUUUGCUUGCAACUGGUUGCCAUUGUGCAGAAGAUCGCCAUCGAUUGGGAAGAGCCAUUCGCCUCCGUUCUGGAUGCAUUGAACUUCGUGUCUCUAGCAGAGCUGAUGGAAUCACUGCAUGCAAUUUCCUGCGUCGCGCGCAUUGGCCCGACAGCGAAUUUCUUGCUUCAGACAUUGGGGGCUCCAUGUUCAUUUAUGGUCGUGCCUUGCUUGAUGCAUCUUUUUCGAGCCGCUGUCCGGUCCAAAGCAGCUUCGAGCCAGAGAGGCUACGUGGACAGGUAUGUUCUUUGCGAGACCCUUGGCUCCAUCUUCGUGCUUUUCUUCAUCGCCCAGUGCAAUGCUAUUGCGGAGCCGUUCCAGUGCCAGAGCCAUCCCAACGGAAUGUGGUCAAUGCGCGCAAGCAUAGGUGUUUUUUGCAACUUUUCCGACACCCACCUCGAGCUGUGCAUAGCUGGCGCCAUCUUGAGCACUGUGCCACUAUGCUUUCUGUCAGCCUGUACUUGGGCCGUUCUCGUCGAAUUCCCCAGACGCUUGAGAAUGGUGGACAUGACCUUUAUUCGAGCAUGCUCAUUUUUGAUCUUGCGAUUUCGGCCUGGAUGUGAGGCCUUCUCUAUCUUUCUCUUGAUUCGGAAUGUGCUCCUGGCUUUAGCUCCUGUUUUGCCCUCUGCCAACGCAAGCCUUCUCCUGAUCAGCGCACUGCUUGGCCUCAACUUCUACCUGGUCUCCUCCUUCAAGCCCUGGAGAUCAGACUAUGCCUGUCGUGCAGACCUGGUGGCCAACACCGUGUUCCUUGCCAUCAUCUUCCAGGCUGCAUUCUUCGUGACGGAGGUGAACAGAGCAGCCGUGCUGCUCUUUUGCUCUGUUGCUCUCAUUCUCAUAGUUCUUGGUCUGACAGCAUGGACUCUGGUCGCCGCAGGCUCGCAGAUUGCCACCAGGAAGAUGCAGCGCAAGUUUGACUUUUUCAUUUCGCACCAGAAGAAUGCCUGCGGAAGCCUGGCGCGGCUGCUGAAAAUCGAGCUCCAACUCCGCGGCCAGAAAGUAUUCUUGGAUGCAGAUGAUCUGACUGACCUGUCACGCCUGUUUGCCAUCGUGGCGAGCAAUGUGUCGCAGCUCCUCUUUCUCUGCAGCCCGCAGGUUUUGACAUCCAAGUGGUGCGUUGCAGAGCUCGUUACGGCCCGUAUGCAGGGACUGGAGACGACCCUUGUGAUGCUACCGAAGUUCUUUCUGCCUUCGGAUGAGUUCAUUCGUGCCUACGAGAAUACAGUCAUCGAUAUCCAGGACUUGGCGAGCUAUGGAUUUGCGGUGGAAGACAUUAUAGAGACCUUGCGAUGGUUGGGCUCAUUGAGAGCGAUGACUGUGAGCCAGGAACUGUUCGAGGGAAGCAUCAGCUACAUUGCAGAUCAACUUGCGAAAGCACAGAUGCCAAGCCGAAGCGCAGCUGAGGAAGUUGGGUCUGGAUGUUUGAUCCUGGCAGAUCAUGGCGACAUGGAGGCCGUUGCAACUGCCCAUGUGUUGUUACACAUGAUCUCCCCACAUGUAUUGCAUGUCUGCAACGUUCUUCCAAGGGUUCUGGCUUCCGGCGAAAGGCUGCGACAAGGGAUGGCAGUCUUGGCGCAAGGUCAGUUCUUGCUCUUGCUGUGCACCAAGAACAGCCUCACAUCUUCCUGCAUCAUAGAGUGGUUGCUGCAGGCUCACAGUGCAUCUUCUUCUUGCCACAUCCUACCCAUCCUUGCAGAAGAAGGAUACCAGAUACCUCAGUCGCCAGAGGCCUUCGACGACCUUUGCGCACACCCAAGUGUGCAAAACCACAAUGCAGGCGCCUACAACAGCAUCCUCAAAGCCAUUUUCAUGCACAUCGCAGUGCAUUUCAUGCCGAAGUUUUCAGGGGAGGCUGCUCUAGCACUGAAGGCCAAGGAGAUCGCGUCGCGAAUGCGACAUAACGACAUGCCGAGCCUGGGCACUUUGAAGGAUAUGUCGGCAUUCCCGAACUUGCAGCUCGAUGAUAUGCACCUGGCAUCUUCAGGCAAAUCCUGCGAUGCCCAGCUGGAAAGAGCCACAACUUGCAUGGAAGAAGUCGAGAAAUCCUUUCAAGAAGAGAUGGCUUCAACGGCCUUUUGA